AUGAAAGUAUUAGGAUCAAUAGCGGACAUAUCAUUAAGAGACAGACAAACCAACAGAAGUAUACGCGAACAAUGCAAAAUUCAAAAUAUUAACAGGUGGAUAAAAACAAGAAAAAAAACUGGAACGAACUUGCAAUCCCAAGAGGUCAACCUGGGAGCCACAUCCGGACCCGUCCCGACUCCGGGCGGGUUUUCUCCAGUUAUUUCAGCAGCCAAAACGCUUUCUUUGAGGGAGUCGUCGUGUGCGGAGGCUUUGUGGAAAAUGCCACACAAAGAAGAAGACCUGAUGCACCAUGCGAUGAGCCAAAACUCAUUGUUUGGGUGUUCUACUGCAGGCCAUAGCGGAAUCAACCAACUAGGAGGCGUCUACGUCAAUGGUCGACCACUUCCCGACUCCACUAGACAGAAAAUCGUGGAACUAGCUCACUCCGGAGCUCGCCCAUGUGACAUUUCUAGAAUACUUCAGGUCUCCAAUGGUUGCGUAUCGAAGAUCCUCGGCAGGUAUUAUGAGACUGGAUCCAUUAAGCCUAGAGCUAUUGGUGGAUCGAAACCUAGGGUAGCGACGACACCGGUGGUGAAUAAGAUUGCAGAGUUUAAAAGGGAGUGUCCUUCGAUUUUUGCAUGGGAAAUCAGAGAUAGGCUGCUUAGCGAGGGUGUGUGCAAUAACGACAAUAUACCUAGCUAUCAACCAUAG